GUUAAGAUAUCAUUGAAAAGGGAAUUGAACAAUAGUUAGGGUGGCUUCCCCUCCUUCAUAGUAUACCUUCCUUUGACUUUUCGGUAAAAACGCGAAAAAUGGGCUACACAAUUCGCUAUGCGGUAUUAUUAUUAAGUAUUAUCGCCUUCAUCUUUGCACUUCUCGGAACCGUUCCGCUGCCUUAUUUGGUGCGUAAAUUAAAUCAGACUUACAUGCAAAAUGGCGAGGUCGUCGCGACUUUAUGGUCAAUCUACGCGACUAAAAUUCAAUUAGGGAAAGAUACCACCAUGGCCGUCCCGCCAACGCGCGAGAUCCGCAAUUAUCGCCUUCACUGUGAUGAGGAGCGAAAUCGAUUUAAGGCGAUGCAGAUAUUUGCAAUUCUUGGAGUGGUCUUCGGAUUUUAUGCCAUUCUCAUGUCGUGUCUGCAGUGUUGCUGUUAUUUAAAGGUCAAGUUACCGUUGUUUUUUAUAUUCGCAUUAUCUUUCUUGUCGGAGAUUAUUCUGAUUCUGAUUGGGAUUUCCCUUUACAGAAAUACUGGCUGCAAGGGCAAGCCCGACGCCUUUGCCUCCUUUAAGGAUGCUAAUUACACUUUCAAAACGUCUUUCGUAAUGCAGAUUUUAUGCUGUUUAACAUACUUGUUAUGCUUAGUGCUAACUCCUUAUACCCAGGGUUUACGGCAUGGAAAGUUCUAGCGGGGAGAAAAACACGAGAAAGCUGUACUAUUAUCAGUCGUUUGGAACCAUCUUAUAUUCGCUUGCUCUGUAAAAAAAUACCCCAAAAAGAUCGCUUCAAACAUCAACACUUUUUAAAAAACUAGUGUUAUUCUACAUAAUUCAUUGUUCAACGCUAAAAGUAAGAUCAGAUGUGAAAUCAUGAUGAUGAUUCAAUUGUCUUUUCACCCGUAUUUUAUUAAAUAAAUGUAAAAAAUUUUUACUGAGUGCAUCAGAUUUUUAAAAAUAUAUUACACAUGUACAUAUACGGCAAAAAAAAGAAGUUGAGGCUUUAAUAAAUAUAUUUUUUUCAUACUUAUGGAUUAAACCCUUUAUGAAGCAUAAAAAAAAUUAAAGAUUGAAAACAACAAUGUGAACGUAAAGAUUGGGACUCUAACAUAGUAUACUUUUGUGCAUAUUUGCAACAUACACUAGUAAA